CACUAUACAAGACAAUCUUUCUUCUCACAGUCUAGGUUUCAUCACAAUGGAUCGCAUGUCUUCACUUUUCAUGUUUUCUAUAGUGCUUCUUAUAUACUGGAAAAACCCUGUAACACAUGCAGCACAUCAGCCCAUAGUGGAGAUCAUCACAGGAUCUUCAAAGGUCUUCACUGGUGAGGCAGUGACACUGAAAUGCGUUCCUCCUGCCACUCCCUACAAAUCAAUCUGGACCUUCACCUGGUACAAAGGACCCGACCAACUACCACAUUUUGGUGAAAAACUGGUUUUGAGGAACAUCAAGACCAAAGACAAUGGGAAGUAUUACUGUCAAGGUUACCGAGACACAGCUGUAAUAGACAUACCAACCUUCCGAAGUUUGCCAGUAGAAAUCAACGCAGAUGGGGGUUGGGCUAUCUUAGAUGUCCCAUCCCAGGCUAUUGUUGGACACCCAUUGAACAUAACGUGCCGUGUUCGAAACAACUAUCCCAUUCAUGAGGUGAUCCUUUAUCGAAAUGAUGUGGAAGUUAUAGAACGAGAGGAUACUACAUUUAUCCUGAACAAUUUGACUCUUGAGGACCAGGGCCAGUAUACCUGCAGAGCAUCCUGGAAUAAAUAUGGCCGUACAUAUUCGGUCAUUUCAGCUCAAGUGUCAGUCAAAGUUGUAGAGCCUCUGACGCAGCCCACUUUGUUUAUCGUUGAUGAUAAGGAGAUGCGUUCUUUGUCUAAGCUUAAGCUCAUAUGUAUGCUUAGCUACAAUAUUCCCGACCCUGCUCCUCCUGUCAUCUACUAUUUCUACAUCAACAACAACCGACAUGGAACCCCAACUUCUGACAACUAUGCUGUGAUUGAGAGGAUAAGGGGAACAUUCAAAUGCCAAGCCAAGGUGUCACAGCUCGGCCUGUCCCGGUGGAGUGAGCCUAAAACCUUUUAAAUGGUACAUAUCAUGUUGGGUAUUGACAUUUUCGUGCCAGUUGUUUAAAAUGCUUUAAUAAACAACUUGAAGUGCUUUU